UACAUUGUCACCAAAUACUGACGCUGAGCGCCUCCCCUCUUCUCCUGCUUCGCAGCAGCAGGUUGUCGGCUCACAGUGGAGGGAGGAACUGUGAGAUGCUGCCGAACGCACCCGUUGCAUUUCGCUGUAUUUUCCCCAUCACCAACAAGCUGAAGAACAUCAACACGUUAGCCAAAUAUGUGGCGUAGUACCGGUUGACUGCAUCUGCUUGAGGUAAUUGUGAUGGCUCGGUCAAAGAUGUCUGUGCCGCUGGCUGUGGUGGUGGUCGUCUCGGUGCUGCUCACGGGAGCAACCCAUGCCACGCCUGAGAUGGAUCCGUACAAAAUUUUAGGAGUAACCAGGAAUGCAAACCAGGCUGAGAUCAAGAAGGUCUAUAAGCGGCUUGCAAAAGAAUGGCAUCCUGACAAAAACAAAAAUCCAGGUGCUGAGGACAUGUUUAUUAAGAUUACCAAAUCUUAUGAGAUCCUGUCCAAUGAAGAUAAACGUACCAAUUACGACCGUUAUGGACAGACUGAUGACACCCAACCAUACGGCAGUGGUCACUAUGGUCAUCGCCACGAUAGCUUUUACUUUGACGAGUCCUUCUUCAGUUUUCCCUUCAAUAGCAAGAACCACAGGGACUUUGGUGACAGCAAGUACAUAUUGCACUUUGACCAAUAUGUCAACGACGUGGUGCCUGACAGCUACAAGAGACCAUACCUGAUAAAGAUCACCUCUGACUGGUGCUUCAGCUGCAUCCACAUCGAGCCUGUCUGGAAGGAGGUGGUGCAGGAGAUGGACACUCUAGAUGUCGGAAUAGGUGUGGUGGAUGUUGGCUAUGAGAGACGGUUAGCCAAUCACCUUGGUGCUCAUCGCACACCAUCAAUACUUGGAGUCAUUAAUGGCAAAGUGACAUUUUUCCAUUUUGCUGUAGCUAAGGAGCACCUACGACAGUUUGUGGAAGACCUUCUUCCUCAGAGACUUGUGGAGCGGGUCACCGACAGGAAUAACCUGCAGUUCUUGAACAGCUGGCAUGAGCUCAACAAGCCACAUGUGCUUCUGUUCGACCAAGUGCCCGUAGUUCCUUUGCUAUAUAAACUGACAGCUUUUGCAUAUAAGGACUACUUGCAGUUUGGCUAUGUGGACCAGGGCCUUUCAGAGACUGCCAAUCUUCAGAAACAGUUCAAUAUUAACACUUAUGCUCCAACCAUGCUAGUCUUCAAAGAGAACAUUGACAAGCCUGCUGACAUUAUACAGGCCAAAGGAAUGAAAAAACAAAUUAUUGAUGAGUUCAUGUCAAACAACAAAUUUCUCCUUGUGCCGCGGCUGGUUAAUCAGAAGCUCUUUGAUGAGCUCUGUCCUGUCAAACAGUUCCAUAGACGCAGAAAAUACUGUGUCCUGCUGAUCACAGGUGAAGAAGAGACCUUUUCUUUUGGGAACCAGGCGUUUCUCUCUUUUGCCUCCACUAACGCCAGAGAGGUUGUGAGGUUUGCCUACGUGUAUCAGCGGCUACAGCAACCCCUUUGUGAUAUCCUCAUGCAGAACAAGGACAGUGCACGGUCACCAACACAGGUUGUAAUCCUGGAGAGGCGUAAUGCUGCAGGCAAGGCCUUGUUCAAGCCAGUGACUGUUUGGAACGGCAGUGAGGAAGACAAGCAGCGUCUGCUGGAGGAGCUGGAGCGACUUCAGAGGGACCCGUCCAUCCUCACCCAUGAUGCUGUGCUCCCUGAGCUCAACAACGAGUUUGCCUCUAUGUUUGUAAUCCGAUGGAUCUAUGCAUCUUAUGAUUACCUCUCUGAAGUCAUCGAUGAUAUCCUGCAUAACAACUGGCGUGAGAUGAUGCCUCUUCUGUCCCUCAUCUUCUCUGCUUUGUUCAUCUUGUUUGGAACUGUGGUCAUCCAGGCCUUCAGUGACUCAAGUGAUGAUAAACAAAUUAAGCCAAAGGCAAAAGAUGGAACUAAUGCUGAAAAUGGUUCACCAGGGACAUCAAGUAGUCGGCCUCCCAAGAAGAAUUUUGUAGAGGUGACAGAGCUGACGGAUAUCACUUACAUGAGCAACCUGGUGAAGCUCAGGCCAGGACACAUGAACAUAGUGCUGGUUCUCACUGACGCCUCCAAGAAUAUUCUUCUUAGCAAGUUUGCCAAAGAGGUCUACUCCUUCACAGGGAGCCUGACGUUGCAUUUCUCCUUCCUGAAUAUUGACAAGCACAGCCAGUGGAUGAACACUCUGCUGGAAUAUGCACAGGACGCCAUGCAGAUUGAUGCAGAUGAGGAUGAAAACCACAAGAUGGACUACAUUGGCUAUGUGCUGGCACUUAAUGGCCACAAGAAGUACCUUUGUCUUUUUAAACCAGUCUACACUGGGGAAGACCUUGACAGUAAGUCAUCCGAGGAUGAAGCGGGCAUCUCAAAGGGGAGGUCGAGGUCCAGUUCUCGUGAUGACCACCCACCACGCAAAUCCAACCGAUCCCGCAGCAUAUCCACCCUGCAGAUCCACCACAAACUGGACCGCCUGGGGUUGUGGAUGGAAAGGCUCAUGGAAGGCACACUGCCUCGCUACUACAUCCCUGCCUGGCCAGGACUAGACAAGAUCACUCCCAAUAAAUAGAUAAAGGAGAGUAAAGAAGGACUUACUAUUUAUCUACUGUUACACUCCCCUUGUGUUAGGCUAGAGCUGCCUUUCUUGCACUUGAGAUAUUUUAAUAGUUACUAAUGUCUUUUAAAGUUGGAUCAAGAUUACAAACUUGGCUUCAGUGCAACUACUGUGGGAUGGGUCCUUUAGCAUAUCCCUCUUAAACUCAUUGCAUGCUGUUUUAUGUGUAUGUAUCAUUUAGGCAAAUGCUGCUGCUACAGCCUUGUGAACAGAAAACAACAUCACUGUGGCCUUCAUGCCAUAUCCUCCCACACUAAAGGAGGCAGGAUAACUGCCUUCAUCUUCAUUGGUGAAUACUGUGAAGAGAGGUGCAUGUCUUUAACAAUAAUUGUCCGUUUUAAUGCAUCUCUGCCCUUUUUGUUCUCUGUUGUAGAUUACUGUAUCCCUUGAAUGCUGGCUCGCUUGUGCAAUAAAGCAUACUGCUGUAAUGCCUUUUACCCCAGACCUCAACGUUUUUUCCAUGUUCUUCCGGAUCAUGUUAUUGCAUCAAAAGAAAAUGUUUCCACUCUUGAUCUCGUGGUUUAAAAUGUACUCCACUACAAGAUUAAUGAAGAAGGCUUGGUCUGUCUAACUAGCCAGUAGCUUUACGUAGCAAACAUAAGGAACAGGCUGUCCAUUUCUUUUUCUGAAUGUUUCCCUGAAUGCCCACGAUUGACUCAUAUAAUAUCAUUAUGUCAUCUUGAAUUCUGUAGACAUGAAAGUAAAGUCGAGUGCGCUUGUUUGGUUUAUCAACUUGUUUUGUCAACAUUAAGCGUAAGAAAUGUCAUUAAUAUCCUUUUAAAGGUACUAUGUGAUGUAAAUAUUGUAUAUAAUCAUGUUAUCUAUCAUACCCAUAUUUUAAAGUAUGCAACUUAAAAGAUUUUGUGAAUGUUUUACAUGGAUUUAUCAAAAUGCUGUACUUGUUAUUAUUUUUUUGUUUUAUAGUUUUCAUUAAGAUUUUAUUUUAAGUUAGUGUAAAAAAAUAUGUCUGCUCCUACGUUUCAGUUAAUCUUCUGCAUUUAUCCUCUUGCUGGUUGUAAUAAAAUGCUUUAUGUUUGUUAAUUAAAACAAAAAAUUGUAUGUA